AUGGAAGACAAGGCUCGGGAGGGUCGUGGCUGGCUCCGAUGGGACCAGGUGGAUGGCGCGAACAGCAGCAAUGCCACCCAAUCUGACCUGCUCUGGUCUCACGAGCACAAGGAGUGUUUGGAGUCUGAGAACAUCUGGACCCCGCUGUCCAUGCCCGACCAGAGCAGGACUGAUGAGCCCGACCACAUUAGCUGCAGGGCGCGCUGCCUGGCCGUCCGGGGCUGUGCACACUGGUCGUACUACCUCGGAGCUGGCAGCUGCUACCUGCAGAAUUCGUCAGCGACGAAGGAAUCUGGCAAGGGUGCUGUGUCCGGGAUCCCCGGAUGCCGUGACAAGGACCCGAGUAUUCACCUGGGCAUGAAUGCUCCUAGGUGGCAAGUUGAGGUUUGA